AUGAUCCAGCCAUCAAAGAAAGUUGCCCCAGCUCCUUUAGCCAGCAAAAAAGUUAGCUCUAACUCCAGCAAAAACCCUCUCUUUGAGUCGACUCCAAGAAACUUUGGUGUAGGUCAGGCGAUCCAACCAAAGCGCAACUUGUCUCGUUUCGUGAAAUGGCCAGAAUACGUCAGAUUACAGCGCCAGAAGAAAAUUCUGUCGUUGAGACUGAAGGUUCCUCCAUCCAUCGCCCAAUUCUCCAACACCUUGGACAGAAACUCCGCUGCUGAGGCUUUCAAGCUCUUCAACAAGUACAGACCUGAGUCUAGUGCUGAGAAGAAGGAAAGACUCACAAAGGAGGCUGCUGCCAUUGCUGACGGAAAGAAGAAGGAAGACGUUUCGAGCAAGCCAUACUCUGUCAAGUACGGUUUGAACCACGUUGUCUCCUUGGUUGAAAACAAGAAGGCCAAGCUGGUGCUAAUCGCAAAUGAUGUCGACCCAAUCGAGUUGGUCGUUUUCUUGCCAGCUUUGUGCAAGAAGAUGGGUGUUCCAUAUGCUAUUGUGAAGGGUAAGGCCAGACUCGGAACUUUGGUUCACUUGAAGACCGCAGCUGUCGCUGCCCUCACCGAGGUCAGGGCAGAGGAUGAGGCUGCCUUGGCCACUUUGAUCUCGACUGUCAAUGCCAACUUCACCGAGAAGUACGAGGAUAGUAGAAGACACUGGGGUGGUGGUGUCAUGGGUGCUAAGGCCCAGGACAAGAUCGCCAAAAGGGCCAAGGCCAUUUCCGCUUAA